AUGUUAGCAGCCGUGUUGUGCGUUUUGAUCGCAAUAUUCUCCAUACUCCUCUGGCACCUGAAUGAAAGGAGCAAAUUUUUUCGAAAACUGAAUAUUGCCGGUCCUCCGCCAACACUGCUGUUCGGGAACUAUUUGCAAAUGAAACAGAAAUCGUGCAAAUUUGAAGCCAUCCAGGAAUGGACGCAGCAGUACGGAAAAGUGUUCGGUUACAUGGAAGGGGGCAAACCCGUGCUGGUGAUCAGCGACGUGGAUAUGGUCGAGGAGGUGCUGGUCAAGAACUUCAGCAACUUUUACAGCCGAAGAACGCGUCCGAUUCGACUGGGAUGCCUGGACAGCGAAAAGGUGAACGUAUUCAGCGCCAACGGCUAUCGCUGGAAACGCCUCCGAAUGCUCAGCACACCGGCAUUCAGUCCGUCGAAACUCAGACAGAUUGCACGAGAUCCCGAUAUACUGAAGAAGAACCUACUUGAGACCAUGCUGGUUUCAUCGAUCGACCGAGAUUACAAAUCAAUUGCAAAGUUGGAACAUCUAAACUUUCACGACGACCCUACCAAAGAGGGAAAGCUCGGAAAAGUUUUAACGAACGAAGAGGUAAUUCAGCAAUGCAUCAUUUUCAUGCUGGCCGGAUACGAAACGUCCAGCACCACGUUGGCAUACGUGACAUAUUUGCUAACAUUGUAUCCGGAAUGCCAGGCCAUUCUGACGGCUGAGGUGGACGAAAACUUCCCUGGUGGCAAAGAGCCAACGUCUGACAGCAUUAAGGACCUCGUAUAUGCCGAAUGCGUGAUCAAGGAAACUCUGCGUCUGUAUCCAGUAGCUGCCGAGGUGGUCGGUCGAAUAUGCAGCAAAACGUGUGAAAUCAAGGGCGUUACUAUACCCGAUGGGGUGACGGUCGUCGUAGACGUUUGGUCGUUACAUCGCGACAAAGAAAUCUGGGGACCAGACGCUGACGAAUUCAAGCCGGAGCGUUUUGUAAACCAGGACAAAAGAAUGGAAUCGGCAUGGAUUCCCUUCGGAUCUGGUCCGAGGAUUUGUAUAGGCAUGCGCUUGGCGAUGAACGAAAUGAAAAUGGCACUGGUGAAGAUUUUUCAGAAGUUCACAUUCGAAAUGUCGCCGCUGAGUGAAGUAAGUAGUUGAUG